CCGGUCCCAUGGUCCCCCGGUUCCGGCGCGGUGGAGGCCCCCGGAGCUGAAGCGGUAGACAGCACCAUGUCCCGGUUGUCCGACCCUCGUGUUUCCCGCGGCCCCGGCCAGCUGGCGCUGCUGCUCCUGCUCCUGCUAGGUCCCAGCUCGGUCCUCACCAUCUCCUUCCACCUGCCCGUCAACUCCCGCAAGUGCCUUCGAGAGGAGAUCCACAAGGACCUGCUGGUGACGGGCGAGUACGAGAUCACCGACCAGUCUGGGGGUGCCGGCGGCCUGCGGACCCACCUCAAGAUUACAGAUUCAGCUGGCCACAUCCUAUAUUCCAAGGAGGAUGCAACCAAAGGGAAAUUUGCCUUCACCACUGAGGAUUAUGAUAUGUUUGAGGCAUGUUUUGAGAGCAAGGGAACAGGGCGGACACCUGACCAGCUCGUGAUCCUGGACAUGAAACAUGGGGUGGAAGCAAAAAAUUACGAGGAGAUUGCAAAAGUGGAGAAGCUAAAACCCCUGGAAGUUGAGCUUCGACGCCUGGAGGACCUUUCAGAAUCUAUUGUGAAUGAUUUUGCCUACAUGAAGAAGCGAGAAGAAGAGAUGCGGGACACUAAUGAGUCAACAAACACCCGGGUCCUGUACUUCAGUAUCUUUUCCAUGUUUUGCCUUAUUGGAUUGGCCACCUGGCAAGUUUUCUAUCUUCGACGUUUCUUCAAGGCCAAGAAGCUGAUUGAAUAAUGAGGCAAUCCUUUCCCACCCUGUCUUGCAGCCAGGAGGACACCACUGAGACAUACCUGGCCUGAGCCACACCACAGACAGCACAUUCUAUCUGUUGACCCUGGAGUUUUCUUGUCAGAACUGGCCUCAUUUGGGGUGGGGGGAAUGGGGAACCGCCUAGACUCCAAUGUAGGUCAAUAAGGGAGACUCUUUUUAACUUGCUGGGUAGUGGGCUGGUUUUGCAAUAUUGGAACUGUCAUUAAGGCCACCUAUGAUAAGAAAUAGGUUUCCCAGAUUGCCACUGGGUUUCCUCAGAAUGAUCUGUUUGAACCCUAUGACUUCUUUCCUUUUCCCACCCACCCGUUGGCUUGGACUUCCACUCUAGUUCUGUCACCAAGAUUUGUAUGACCAUAUGGACCUUGCUACAGAUUGACUUGCUGUGUUCUGAUUGUCCUGUUUGUUUUUCUUCUUCGAGGUUACUUUAGCAGUCUGACCAUUAUAUUUUAGCUAGAAUUGAAUUUGGUUGGGUGGUUCUAGUGAUAUAAAAAUCCACGAGCUGAAGGAAAGAUGAAGGAUAAGUUUCCUAAUAGGGCUCAAACUUGGAGCUGAAGUUCCAUAAAAAAACUCAGAGCUGGAUAUAGAACUAAGCUUUAUGCACUCUGCCUCCUAGAUUUCUUAAUGUAACCUACAGAAGCAAAAUCGAAUAACUUUUCUUACCUUAGCUAUUUAGUUUCCAUAUUUUUAUGCUGUGUUUAGGAAUUUGGUUCAGUGAGGUGUAAAAUUGUACAACUAGGAGCAUCAGGAAUAAAGUAGGUCCCAAUAAUACAUGGAGUGAAUGCAGGGCCAAAAAUCAGUGUGGGAUUGAAGAGUAAGUAGAGGCCACUGUCAAGUGUGUUUAUGUAUGUACGUAUAAGGAAGAACGUAGUGACCAUGUUCUUAUAGUUAGAAAAAAUAGAUACUGUUUUCAUUUUGAAAUAGGACUUCUCAGUUGAUCCAGGGUUAGGAAGAAUAUGCCCUUUAUGUUGUCUCUUCCAGACACUACAUAACUUGCCCAAAGUUAUACAUCUACCAAGCAUUUUUAAAUAAUUGGGAAUUUUGAAGAUAUGUGGCUCCUUUGUAGGCUUAUUUUGUCUUGCAAACCAGUUUAUAAGUAAGAUUUCUUAAGCAACAACUGGAAGAACUGUCCUCAGUCAUGUGAGUGAUUCUCUUUAUCUAUUAUGGGGAGUAACAUAUAUGAAAGAAUUGAGAGGGAAGUCUGAGGUAAGAGGAACGGGACUUACUUAAAAGAAAGGGAAAUUGAACAAUGUUCUGACUGGAUAAAGUGACAACUGUUGAAGCUUUUUGGAGUCACUUGUGUGAAUUCUCCUUUUCUGAUUUUUGAGAACUAGUGCAGUCUCGCCAUCUACUGGUAAAAGCUGUUCUGUUCCUGAGAAUCCAGCAAUGAUCAGUCGGUCUCAGUGUAGCAAAAAUCCACAGUAAAAACAGUCGUUGAUCAUCUACAAUAUUACACAUGGGAUUUUCUAGGGCUAAAAUGUCAGUGUCCAGAAGGAAGAGAAAAAAGUAAAUCUCUCUUUGAGGCACCUUCCACAGAAGUUUGAAGGUGAAAUGCUAGCAUACGCCAUCAGGGUUCCCUACUGAAGCAAAAUAUGUGAUAAGCUAUUCACUACCAUUCUGAUUGCAAUAUCCUUCUUCCUUGUCUUAACCAUGGUAGUCACCAAACUAAUUAUGAUAUCGUUUGACAAAAUGUCUUUGAAUUAUAAUCCAGGCAGAAAGGAGAAAUCUUCAUUUUACUAACUCUCCCUAUCCCUAGUUACUUUAGAACCCUUGAUUUGUUUGUGCAGUUUCAAAUUCUGUUUCAUGUUUGUUCCCUUUUUAAACCAUGCUGGAACUUUCUCCAGAAGCCUCUGCUUUUAUUCUAAAGCUAAUUAAUACUCUGCUUGCUUUUAUCUAAGAAUUAAUUUGCUUUGAAAGACUGGUGCUAGACUAAGUCUGCUUAGAAAAUAAGAGCAUAUUGAGUUCUCUACUUUCUGUCUCAUGAGUAUAUUAUUCAAAAUGACCUCUAUAAUGUAAAUGAGGUGAUAAGGUUUACAGUAAGCUUUACUUUGUACCAUGGUCAUAAAUUAAAUGCAAUUCUUGUCAUAAAGCUGUUUUCACAUACAACUUGUUUUAUAGGAAAGAAGCAUGUGGGAUUUGUACAGAUUUACCUGUAAGUAUUGGAUUGGGUAUUUUUGUGUAAAUUUUCUGGAAUAAAGUUUAGGGGAAACCA